UCCAGACUCCGUGUCGCGAGGACCUCUUACUACGAUGCGGAGGAACUGCAAACUCUUCAUCUUCAUUCGUGUGUGUGGACGCUUUGUGUGGUCGUGUACCUGAACACAGCAAGGAUGUGAAGCGCCCAUCAAGGAGCAGAUCGACUGCUCUGUAUAUACCGGUCAUCUAAUGCUGAUUCGAUCUUCUUCUCAGACCUCUAGGAGCCAGACGGGUGACCUGUGGAAGGGCUCGGAGAACCUGGCGCUGCGCUUGAAGGACUCCGCCGUGACCGCGCAGCAAGGGCAGGCCUUCUCCAAGGCGGCGGCGGGGGCGGGGGCCGCAGGCGGAGGCAGCUCCAGCGUAGGCCUACGUCCGUCGAUGUUCCUUGAUGAGGAGGCCUACAUCGCCGCCGCCACGCUGGCUCCCGGCGCGGACGCCUACACCAGAAACAAGUUUAACCAGGCCGAGAGCGACAAGCUGGCCUCCAACCGCGAUGUUCCCGACACCAGGCACUUCACGUGCCGAAAGAAGGAAUGGAGAACCGACCUGCCACAGACUUCAGUAAUCAUCACCUUUCAUAAUGAAGCCAGGUCGACCCUCCUGCGAACGGUGGUCAGUGUGCUGAACCGCAGCCCGGAACACCUCGUCAAGGAGAUUAUUUUGGUGGAUGACUUUAGUGACGAUCCUUCUGAUGGUGCCGAGCUCUCGAAGAUCCAAAAAGUGAUUGUCAUUAGGAAUGAGAAGAGAGAAGGUUUAAUGAGGUCACGUGUUCGAGGAGCUGACGCGGCCACAGCUCCUAUCCUCACGUUCCUGGAUUCCCACUGUGAAUGUAAUCAGCAUUGGCUGGAACCCAUGCUGGAGAGGGUGACGGAGGACCGAAAGCGCGUAGUGUGUCCCAUCAUUGACGUCAUCAGCAUGGACACCUUCCAGUACAUAGGAGCUUCAGCCGACCUUCGAGGUGGAUUUGACUGGAAUCUGGUCUUUAAGUGGGAGUACCUGUCCAGCGAAGAGAAGAAGAAGAGGCAGAAGGACCCGACUCAGGUUAUAAAAACUCCCAUGAUUGCCGGUGGUCUUUUUAUGAUUGAUAAAUCAUACUUCGAUGAACUUGGCAAAUAUGACAUGGCGAUGGACAUUUGGGGAGGAGAAAAUUUAGAGCUGUCGUUCCGCGUGUGGCAGUGCGGAGGCAGCCUGGAGAUCGUCCCCUGCUCCCGCGUCGGCCACGUGUUCCGGAAGCAGCACCCUUACACGUUCCCCGGCGGCUCCGGCACCGUGUUCGCGAGGAAUACCCGGCGGGCGGCGGAGGUGUGGAUGGACGACUACAAGAAGUACUACUACUCGGCCGUCCCUCUCGCCAAGAGUGUCAACUUUGGGAACACCAGAAUUCGCAUUGAACUGCGCAACAAACUGAAAUGCAACAACUUCAAGUGGUACAUGGAUAACGUGUACCCAGAGCUCACAGUACCCAACGCUGGCCACGCUACCUUCGGAGUCUUCAAACAGGGACUGAAGUGCAUGGAUACGCUUGGACACCGCGCCGAGGGAACCAUAGGCUUGUACGCUUGUCACGGAACAGGUGGAAAUCAGGAGUGGGCAAUGACACGUGAUAUGCUCAUCAAACACAGCGAAUUAUGCCUAACUCUACCAGAACCCAGAGGAGGAACAGUUCUUAUUCUGGAACCAUGUCAAAAUAAUGAUUUGCAGAGAUGGGUCCGCACAGAUGGAGAUCGCUUGAUCAAAUCCGAAGGCCACAAUUUAUGCAUAGAUAGCGCAAAAGAAAAAGAUGUUGGCCUAGUUGUUGAAGCCUGUGAUAAGACUAUACUCACACAGCGAUGGUCGUUCACAGUGAAUAAAACCUAACUAAAAUAAAGUAACUAAACCUAUGGAUCUUGGCCAAGAAGUUAGUCGGAGAUACCAAAGACGUGAUUAAUUUCAGCAGGAACACUGCACAAUUUUUUUCUGUUUCUCAUAACUAGGCAUAACAUUUGUGAUGGAUAACAUGACUGUGUUAAUUUUGUAUCUCGAAAUUUACUAAUUUCUUUAGUCACUGAAGUUAUUUAUUAGGGGACUUGUUCAGAGAAGAAUAUGUAUUCUCAGGUGAUAAUAGGAAAGAUAAGAUGCUGGUGUAGUGCAAUAUUUGCCCUACAAAUAACUCUGAAUAUGAGGUGAUAGUUACGAGUAUGUCCAUUCAAAAGAUGAUGAAUAUUGUACAGUUUUGUCUUGUAUAGUAACUUUUUUUAUUUAAAGAGAAAUGUAUAGAUAAAUUAUUAGCAUAUUGUCACUGUUUAUCUUCUUUUGUCAUUUGGAUACAACCAUGUCCUUUAUAGGGCACCAUUCUAUGUAAAAGGGAUAGACGGUCAUUGUACAUAAGUCCCAUCGCAUGAUUCAUAAGGAUGUGUUAAGACAGAUCCACUAUCACAUAGUUCAUAAUACAUGAUGACCAACUUAUCACCUAUCACUUGUGAUUUGUGCUUCAGUGGACUGAAUGUCAUAUAUUUAUUUAAAGUGAUUUUGUUAAUCUUUGGAGUAUUUUGAUUAUUUAGUUUAUAUUGAUUAUAUUAUUUUCCAUAUUCUGUAAUGGAAAACUUAAAAUGUUUAAUAGUUUUUUUAACAAUUUUUGUUUUAAUUGUGAAAGUAUAUUGAAAGUUGUAGUGAUGGUAUUUAAAUUUUAGGAUAAAAUGUAGUAGUGUCUGCUUCUAUCUCUAUUUGCAUUUAGUUGUGCAUACUCAUGAUAGUUAUGCUUUUUAGUAUAGCAUGCAUCAACUACUGAACAGUUUUAUAAUAUGAUUCAUAGUCGAUUUUAAGAGAACAAUAAUUGUACAAGGAACAGACUUCUCCUUUGAGAUGAGGUUAGCUAUUUAUUUUGAACUGUAUCCCAUGGUAUAGAAUCUUUAUUCAGUUAUAUUAAAAGCAUUUAAGAUAUUCUGCAUUUUCUUUAAUUUGUUUAAGGUAUUUGCAUAAAUGGAUGAUCAAGCCAAAUCCUUUAUUAGUAUUCUUUUUUCGCCAGUAUUAUGAAUUGAUAUCUAAUAUAAGAAGUUAUUCAUAUUUUCGUAAAGAAUACUGAAGCUUUACUAUGGGAAAUAGCUCACUUUUUAUUUGGUGUAUGUGCUAUAAAAUAGAAAAAAAAGCUUUGGGUGAAAAGUUGGUGUG